AUGCGCUUCCUCUUCUUGCUUCUCACCGUACUCAUUUCCACCGUCAACUCCGGCGUAUUCAUGUGCGGAGUGUGUCAGGCGUACGUUCGGCAAUGCUCCUCCCUCCCGAGAACCUCCUGGAUAGAUGAAAUCACGAACGUUUGCCAACAUUCUGAAGAGCAUUGGACAGAGUGCAAGAGGACGUUGACCAGAAAAUUCGCUGAACUGCGCCCGCUGAUGGAGCAAGGUUGGCCAGCCGAACAAGCAUGCGAUCGGGUCCAUCUGUGUCCU